GACGUAGGGAGGUCAUCCAGUGUAAGAACUGCCUCGCCUUUGGGCACUCUCGAUCACGAUGCUAUCGUGAUCCUCGGUGCCUGCUGUGCGGGGAUUUUCAUGCCCUGGCUGACUGCCCGCGUCCCCAGGAAUGCCAAGAAAUACAACUCCCUGUGUUUCCCUCAUGCGUUCACUGUGGUGAGAUGCAUGUGGGAAACUACAGGGGUUGUAAAGUUUACAAACAAAUACGCAAAAAGCGUAUGGGUAAAAAGCCUAAAGACGAAAAAUUCGUCAAUCAUCAAUUCGUACCCCUUAGAAAUUUAACUGUGCAGGGCAAGUCGUAUGCUAGUGCUUUAGCUGGAGCUAAACCGCAAUCAAAAGACGCUUCACAGCCAAUUAUCAAUGUUCAAGUUCCUAAUAGUAAUCUAAGUACUGUUUCUUUUUCAGAUAAGCGUAUAAAGACUCUAGAGGAGUUAGUUUUAAAGCAAUCUGAGCAGAUUGAACGUAUGAUGAAGGUUAUCGAGGCCUUUCUCCCCGCCCUCGUGCGGGGAGCAUCUCUCUCGAUGCCGUAAUCUGCGUUCAUCUCGUUUCCUCAUGUCUUGAUAGGCAUCUUUUCAUUUUCUGUUUUUUCGUAAUUGUCUUGUCGAAGUUUUGAGGUCAUAAAUUCCUCGCUCCUAUCAGUAUUAUUAUUUAAGGUGUUUUUUCUCCUUUGAUUAGGUUUUUUGCACCUUAUAUUUUUAGCUUUGCGCAUUUAUCCUUUGUUUGUAAAUAUAGUAUACUAUAACUUUUCUCAAUUUAACUACUUUAGCUCUUAAGUUAAGCUUACCAUAUUAGUUUAUUACAUCAUAUUAAUAAUCUAAAUUUAUGUUAAUCUACUAGUUUAAGGCAGUGACUAUAUAACCGAGCAGUUCAAAGUCCUGUAAUUUAUUGUAUUUUGAUGCAAAUAAAUUGAAUUUAAACAA